UGUAUAGAAGAAGUGGAUGCGACGUACACAAGCAGACCUUUGAUCAUGUAGACCUUAAGAGUCAGCCUAGGUUAUAAUGUCAUUAUGAACAAUGGCCCAGCUGUACUACAAAAAGGUGAAUUACUCACCCUACAGAGAUCGGAUUCCUCUGCAGAUUGUGCGGGCAGAGGCGGAGUUGUCACUGGAAGAAAAGGCCUACCUCAUUGCUGUGGAGAAGGGAGAUUAUGCCAGCGUCAAGCAUGCUCUGGAGGAAGCCGAAAUCUACUACAAUAUCAACAUCAACUGCAUGGAUCCACUUGGCCGCAGUGCUCUUCUCAUAGCCAUAGAGAACGAGAACUUGGAAAUCAUGGAGCUUUUGCUCAGCCACACUGUAUAUGUGGGAGAUGCUCUGUUGUAUGCAAUAAGGAAGGAAGUGGUGGGAGCUGUGGAACUACUUUUAAGUUACAGACGACCGAGUGGAGAAAAACAGGUACCCACUUUGAUGAUGGACACCCAGUUUUCAGAGUUCACACCAGACAUAACACCUAUUAUGCUGGCAGCUCACACUAAUAACUAUGAAAUUAUAAAACUCUUAGUCCAAAGAAGGGUGACUAUACCUCGCCCACACCAGAUACGUUGCAACUGUGUGGAAUGUGUUUCCAGCUCGGAAGUGGACAGCCUCAGACACUCUAGGUCGAGACUCAACAUCUACAAGGCUCUGGCCAGUCCAUCUUUGAUUGCCUUAUCCAGCGAAGACCCCAUUCUGACAGCCUUUCGCCUCGGAUGGGAAUUGAAAGAACUUAGCAAAGUGGAGAAUGAGUUUAAGGCGGAGUAUGAGGAACUGUCUCAGCAAUGCAAAAGAUUUGCCAAGGACCUGCUUGACCAAGCACGGAGCUCACGAGAACUGGAAAUUAUACUUAACCACAGGGAUGACCAGAGCGAGGAGCUGGAUCCUCAAAAGAGUCAUGACCUGGCAAAGCUUAAGGUAGCAAUAAAGUACCAUCAGAAAGAGUUUGUGGCCCAGCCAAACUGUCAGCAGUUGCUGGCUACACUGUGGUACGAUGGAUUCCCAGGUUGGCGCCGGAAGCACUGGGCAGUAAAGCUGUUGACUUGCAUCACAAUUGGACUGCUUUUUCCUGUGCUGUCUUUGGCAUAUCUGAUAGCACCCAAGAGCAGGCUGGGACUGUUCAUUAAAAAGCCAUUCAUCAAAUUUAUCUGCCACACAGGCUCAUAUCUCACGUUCCUCUUUUUCUUGCUUUUGGCAUCCCAACACAUCGUUAGGACUGACUUACACAUGCAAGGACCUCCACCCACGGUAGUGGAGUGGAUGAUAUUACCUUGGGUUUUAGGUUUUAUUUGGGGUGAAAUCAAAGAGAUGUGGGAUGGGGGAUUUACCGAAUAUGUACACGACUGGUGGAACUUAAUGGAUUUCGCUAUGAAUUCCCUCUAUCUUGCAACCAUCUCCCUUAAAAUAGUUGCUUAUGUGAAGUACAACGGCUCACGGCCAAGAAAUGAAUGGGAUAUGUGGCACCCCACACUUAUUGCUGAAGCACUGUUUGCAAUAUCCAAUAUCCUGAGCUCCCUUCGUCUCAUCUCCCUGUUCACGGCAAACUCCCAUCUGGGUCCCUUGCAAAUAUCACUAGGACGGAUGCUGCUGGACAUUCUCAAAUUCCUUUUCAUCUACUGCCUGGUGCUUCUGGCCUUUGCCAAUGGACUAAACCAACUGUACUUUUAUUAUGAGACUAGUGCCUCUGAGGAACCUAACAACUGCAAAGGAAUUCGCUGUGAGAAACAGAACAACGCCUUCUCCACCCUUUUUGAGACCCUUCAAUCCCUGUUCUGGUCAGUGUUUGGUCUCCUAAACUUGUAUGUUACCAAUGUGAAAGCACGACAUGAGUUCACAGAAUUUGUUGGAGCCACCAUGUUUGGAACAUACAAUGUCAUCUCUCUGGUUGUCUUACUCAACAUGUUGAUAGCCAUGAUGAACAACUCCUACCAACUGAUCGCUGAUCAUGCUGAUAUUGAAUGGAAGUUUGCCAGGACUAAACUGUGGAUGAGUUAUUUUGAUGAAGGUGGCACUCUGCCACCCCCGUUUAACAUCAUUGCAAGCCCAAAGUCUGUUUGGUACCUUUGCAAGUGGAUCCACUAUAAGUUGUGUCCACAUAAAAAACGUGAAGAGGAACUUCAGAAACAGCACGAGAACCUAAAGACCUUUACGGAGAGGCACGCUGACAACCUGAUUCAGAAUCAGCACUACCAGGAAGUUAUUAGAAAUUUGGUGAAACGAUACGUGGCAGCAAUGAUCAGAAAUUCAAAGACCAAUGAAGGACUGACAGAGGAAAACUUUAAGGAAUUGAAACAGGAUAUCUCCAGCUUCCGUUAUGAGGUGCUUGAUCUUCUGGGAAACAGGAAACCUCCAAGGAGAAGCUAUUCCACCAGCAGUACAGAGGUAUCACAGAAGGAAGAUGCAACAGAAGAGAGACCUAAGUCAAAGAGUGUUUCUUUUAAUGUAGCCAACAAAAAAAAGGAUUUCAAUGUCUCGGCUCUUAUUAAAACUGUGUCUGGGACUGAAAUCAUAGAUAAUGCACCCAAAAGCAAUGGCAUUAGCAAGCGUUCCUUCAUCCGUAAUGGAAACAAGCUCCAAAGGCUUUCAAGUUCCAAAAAGGAAUCUUUUAAAAGACUGGGUUUACUUUUCUCUAAAAUGAAUGGACAUAUGCCAACACCACCAACUGAACCAGUAUACUCUAUUUCUGAUGGACUUAUUCAGCCUCACUGCAUGUGGCAGGACGCAAAAUGUAGCGAGCAAGAGCCAGAGUGCUCUAAAAUUGAAAUUAACCUCAAUGAGGUGAGUCAAGAUGGGAGCAUUGGUGGUCAAAGUCAUGAUCAUUCUCCGAUCUGUUCCAACUCCCUACACUGUGCUUCCGACCUCUGCUCUUCUAAUACAAAGCUAAUAGACUCAUCAGAGGAUGUGUUUGACUCGUGGGGCGAAGCAUGUGACCUGCUCAUGAACAAGUGGAAAGAGGGGCAGGAGGAGCAACAGGUCACAACAAGACUAUAA